AUCAUUGAUACACUUGUGCUUUUAAGAAAUCAUAUGUGAGAGCAGAUGUAAUACACCUUCGAAAAUUAAUCAAACACAAAAAUACACAAAUUCAAAUUAUUUUCUAGUGGAGAAUGCAGUUGUUUUAUUAAUAAAUGAGGCUUCAAACAAUACAAAAUAAAAUAAGUUAGAAUGAUGUAUAAAACUUCAAAAAAAAUGAAACUUUUAUCUAUGGGGAAAAAUAAUGAAUUUCUCUAGAAUGCCAUGUGUGCAAUAACAGCUAAAGAACGAACACCGCAUUAGAAAUUUUUCAUAAAAAUGUUUUCCAAGAGCUAGAAGGCCAGUAACCUCUAACAUAUACAUAUAUUCCCCUAAGUAUUGAGAUGGCUGUCAAAAUUCUUGAUGUUGAUCAUCUGGCUGUUAGUGCCAUUGUAACAGUAGGAUUGCAAAUAAUCUUCUUUAUAAUUGCUGCUACCUUUCAAAAAGAUAAGUUGACGGAUUUCGCUGGAGGAACUAAUUUCAUUAUAUUGGCUCUCUUAACAUUUUUUCUCGGACAAAGUGGCAAGACAUACGAUAGUCGGCAACUGAUGGUCACUGUCUUCAUUUGUCUCUGGGGUCUACGACUUUCAGGCUACCUUGUUUAUAGGAUAAUGAUAAUUGGACGAGAUAAACGAUUUGAAGAUCGUAAGAGGAAUGUGAUACGUUUUGCUAUCUUUUGGACCUUUCAGGCUUUUUGGGUAUACAUUGUCAGUUUACCAGUAAUAAUUAUAAACUCUCCAAGGCACAAAAUACCACCAGCUCCUAAAACAAUGACUCCGUUUGAUAGUGCUGGGACUGGAAUGUUUGUGGUUGGCCUAUUGGCAGAAACAUACGCUGAUCUUCAGAAAUUUGCAUUUCGCCAAGAUCCAACAAAUAAUGGCAAAUGGUGUAACGAUGGAUUGUGGAGACUUUCCAGACAUCCAAACUAUUUUGGAGAGAUCGUUGUUUGGUGGGGAAUUUUCAUUAUAUCUCUAAAUGUCAUUGAAGGAAUAGAAUGGAUUGUUAUUGCUUCUCCUAUAUUUACGACAUUAAUUAUACUCUUCCUGUCUGGUAUGCCACUUCUUGAAAAAUCCGCAGACGAAAGAUAUAGAGAUAAUGCAGACUACAGAUACUAUAAACUGUCCACAUCACCUUUAAUUCCAAUACCACCAUCAAUAUAUGUUGAGGUACCAAGGUUUUUAAAAUUCAUUCUUUGCUGCGAAUAUCCACUUUAUGAUUCUUUGGAUGUGAAGCCUCGAGCUACUGUAACUGAAUCAACAUCUGUGAGUCUCGGGGGAUUAACGUAGCUAUAAUUAAACGUCAGAAAUGUCUAAUGAAUUUCUGGCGUUCUUGUCUAAAAAAAAUCAUAAGAAUUUCAUACUUCGUUUUUAUAAUGUUACAGUUUUUGAUAUUUUACUAAACUCUAUUUGUUUCAUUCAAUGAACACUACAUAUUAACAUCAAAAAAUUCUACUAUUUUAUGUAGAAUAAAAUGUAAUGCAUUGAAAUCUUCAUCUCUUUUUAAUCGAAUUGUGUGCUGGUCGAUAUUUGCCUAUAAGCUGAGAACCACUGGCAAACUGAUCCCACAUGUUUCCUUCUUUCCGAAAUGUAAGUGUCGAAAGAAAUUAUUCGUUUUAAAAUCAGUAUGUUUAUGUUGAUUUCUUUAUUCUGUCUACAUUCAUUUGUGUGUCUUGUUCUUGAAAACUAUGGAUACAGUUAAUGUGAUAAUUGAAGAGAAAGGUAAGCCUUUAAUAGUUAUUGAAGGUUUCAAGUUUUCUUUCCAAAAAAUAUUUAAAAAUGACAUAAAACGAUGGGCUUGUUAAAAAAACUGUAAGGCAUAUGUAAAAAUAAAUUCAAAACAUAAAGUAAUUGAAAAACAUGUCAAUCAUGACCAUAGUCCGGACAGUGAGAAAAAUUUUUGUAGACAAAAAUUAAGUAAUCGUUUGAAAAUUAAAGCUGUUGACGAUCCUUCAGAUCGUCCAUUUGCCUGGGACGCUUAAAUUCGACCGUCCGCAUGCAAUUCGGGUUCAGCCCUCUGACAGGGUACUCAAACACAAAUAAAUCCUUACGGCCCUGGAUGUUUACAUUUUUGAGAGAUAAAGAUCACGUCGUUUUAGACUAAACGUAAAAAAUGAUCUAAAUCUUUUCAGUACAAUACUGAACCAUAAGAAAACCUUACAAAAUGAAUUGAAAAUCAAUACUUUUCUUUGAAAUCAGCAUACCUAGGUCACUUCCACAUAAAGUGUUCUAAUGAUUCAGGUACUCAAUCAUCACAAAGCGUACAUAUUGCUUUCGUUGUGAACCUGUAAACAAUCUUCAUAAAUUUAUACUAUUACAAAAAAAGUCCUUUAAUACUCUCACGCAAUUCCUUCCAGAUAUGAGAUUUAGGUUAUUGAUUUAACCAUAUUCCUUCAAUUCUCAAUCCGAUAAACAGCAGAACUGCGAUAUGCCAUCUGGUGUUCACCUGAUAGCGGAAGUCAUUUUUCAUUUCAUCUCUGUUGUAAAGAAUAUUCAAGAAACAAAUAGAAAUAAUUACUGUUAGAAUAUUUCACUUUCACAACGACAUAAUCGAUGCAACAUUUUGCAAAUUGUAAAGUCAAUGAUCAAUUCAAGUUGAAUUGUGAUACCAACAAAAGAAAAUUUCUUAAAGAAGAAAGAAAUCAAUAUCGUUGACAAUAUUGACUUGUAGAGAAGUUCAUCGUUAAUAUUGUGCCUCUAGGUGGUACCCAUUCCUUCUUAAAUUAUUUUAAACAUCUUCUAGUCAUUUAUCUAAGUCUUCUACUAUAUAAGUCCCUAAUGACUACUUUAAAAUCUGUUUAUAAGACUUAAGAUUUUAAGAUAUACGUUGUUGAACGUGACAAAUGUAAAAAUGUAGGAUUAUGAUCAUAAAGUCAUAAAUUAGUAGUUACAAUUUAUAGCUUUCAUGUCUAUUUUUUAGAAUAUUAAUAGAAGAAAAAGUUGCAACACCACAAGCCAAUAACCAAAACAAACCAUAUUCCAAUCCUUGAAGAUUUCUGUAUACAUAUUUUUUUUAAAUAUUUGUGUUUCAAUUUGUAUAUUCUUUAUAUUGCUAAUAAUAUUUAUUUUGUGCUAUUUAUAUGAUAAGGACAAAAAAUGUGUCGAAACGCAUCAAGCUAAUAUUUUAAUGAUAAUUAAUAAGUUGAUGAAGCCGAGCAAUUUUAAACAUCUUCUACUCAAUGCUAUGUGACAUAAAAAAAGAAUUUUAUUUCUCACUUUUUAGCAUUAAAAAAAUAAUUAGUAAAAGGAAGCAAAGAUCACUCUUUGCUUAACAAUAUGAUGUCGCACAGAAAGAUUACUUACGAUAUUUAUUUUAAUAACUAUUGAAUUGUUGCUCAUAAAUUGUAAUGAUCCAAAUAUAAUUAAAUGAAGUAGAAAAUGAUGAAAGAUUCUUGACGUAGAUCUAAUAUGUUUAAAGUAGAGUGUCAUAUAAAUGCUUAUUUUACAUUUUUUGUCAUAAACAAAAAUUAGAAAGCGGCUUUAAGAAAAGUAAUAAUAUAAUUCUUUUUUUGGGUAAAUAUUGAAAUAAUAUUCCAAUAUAAUAAUUACUGCUAUUAAAAUUGAAAAAAAAAUUUCUAGGUAAUCUUUUGAAUAAAAUAAUAAGAAUUAGUAGCAAAAUUUUACGUCGUUAUUAUGCGCAGUGUGUGUAAAUUAAAAAUGAAUGCCUGGUUGAAUAAUAAAAUGUCAAUUUUCAAAUAUUAUCAACUGUAGUUAAACGAUGAAGUAAACGAUCACUCGAAGUCAGGAUUGAAAAAAAAUAAUUUCUUAAUGAAAUUUUUAACGUCCUGAUUAAUAACUUCUUAAAUAUUCCUGAAACUAGUUCCUCGGAGGUUUUCGUGGUCGUUGAUUACGAAUCUGACAUCAGUUUUCCAAAUAUGGCUGAAGAUUUUUUAGAAUCGAUUGAAUUCGCUUGAAACUGGUUUCCUGUGGGUUUUCAAGGUCGUUGAUUACGAAUUUAAUGUCAGUUUUGCAAAAUUCAAUAUGGCGGAAGAAAAAACUCGGUUAUUCAUUAAUUUUGUCGCCCGCCAUUUUGGAUUUUCAAUAACUUAUAUAUGUUAAAUUCGUAAUCAGCGACCCCGGAAACCCCCGAGCAACAACUUUCAAGCCAAUCCGGUAUUAUUCUUUGAUUUUGGCGUCCGCCAUAUUAGAUCGGCCAUUUUUAAUUUUUAAUAACUGAUGUUAGAUUCAUAAUCAGCUACCCUGGUGACGUUAGGAUACCAAGUUAACUGAAUAUGGACCUAAUUUUGAUGUUAUGUUUGUCCUCAGAACUCUUUACAUGAAUUUUCAACUGGGCGAUUGAUUUAUAGGGUUUUUAAAAUAUUUAUCAAUUCUUAAAUAAAUUUGUUGAAAAUACGUCAAAAACAUUAGUUUAUUUAAUUUGAAUAGAUAUUAUUAAGGAGGAAUGGUAUAGAAAUUCAAAACAUUCAGAAUCUUUUGAUAUUUUGGGAAAUGAUUUGCUUUUAUAUAAUAAAAUGACCCACCAAAUUUCAGAACUUUUCACUACAUAGUUUACAAGUUAUAAAUUAUUUAAUUUAACAUUACCUCUUAUGGAGAAAGCACGAAUUUGCAUGUUUAUCAUUAAAAAUUUUAUACUUAAAACAAUCAGAAUUUUUUGUAAAAAUUCUAUCCUGAAGGUCAAGAUUUAAGCUUUAUUAAUCACGAAGGUUCUUUUUUAUUCACUAAUUAGUUUAAAAGUAAUUAAUUAGUUUCUGGAAGAAAACUAAUUUUAUGACAGACAAACAGAGAAAACGUGGCAACACUGUAUAUAAAAACUCACAUGUGACAGCUGUUUAGUGGUACAUAGAACCAAGAGAUGGCGCCAAAGGUACCAAAAAUGACAAAUUUUCAUUAUUUUUAACCACAGAAAUGCAAAUCAUAACACUCGAUAAAUCCGAAAAUAAUCUUGAGAGAAUUUCAGUAACUUUUAUUUUCUUAGGUUUCAAAUUCGUACAGACAGUUACAAAAAUUAUUUUCUGCUUUUAUAAAAAAAAUUAAUUUGAUUAAUUUAUUAUCUUUUCCCUAUUUAAUAUAUACUUUUUAAUAUUCAUUGAUGUUUACUUUUAUGAUUUCAAUAAGAAAAACUGCUAUAUGUAGCUUAAAUAACAAAAUUACAAAUUCCCCUAAAUGUCACAAACUUUUGGCCCGAUUAGGUAUACCAUUCCUCCUUAAGAGGUGCAACCUUUGAUAAAUAACCUAUACCCGUGUCGAAGAUUUGUGAUAGAGAUUAUCGAUGUACAUAUAGUAAACUGCAUUUUCUAGUGAUGAUCUCUACACUUUUUGAUGUUUCUAUAGGAAAAUAUCCUAUUAGGCAUUUAGGACAAAUAUUGUUCAAAUAAAACGAAGAUCACCUUAAAAUUAAUUAAAAAAAUAUUAUAAAAAAAAGUAUAAAAUUCAAAGUUCCCAGUUGUAAAGAAUGAUGAGAAUUUUAACAAAAUAGCCAUAUCUAAAAUCUGAUUUCAAGCUGCGUCAUAAUUUUCGUCCAAAGCGACAUUAAUAGUUGUAUAUUAAUAUAUGUAUAUGACGUAUAUUUAAUACGUCAUAACUUGUUAAGUUAAAAAAUGAUAUAAGAAAAGAAUUCUUAACAUAUAUACGAUUGAAUAAGUACGAAAAUAAUAAAUAAGUAUUAGAGAAAUUAUUUUAAUAGAAGAAAUGAAUUAAUAAAAGAUGUACUAUAUAAUAUAAAGCAAGAGAAACAUUAUAACUACCAAAAAGAUUUGCUUUAAUUACUUAAUUAAUAAAAUAAAUAUUUUUUAAAACCUUA